CUUUAUGGUGACAAACCAGACAAAAGCUUCAGAAACACCCAGAUGGCUUUCAAUUAGCGCGUUGUUCCCCUUGAUGCAAGAGCGAGGUAGACAAAUCACAUGUUUCUUGGGCAAUUUCUCAGAUUUUUUCCUGCUCUCCGAUUCCAUAGAUCUGAGCGAAUCCUUCCUUCUUUGUUUCUUCUUUAAAAGCAAAAACCCAGGGCAAUCGCAUCGCUAACUCCUUUCAAGUGUCUGUUCAACAGGAUUGUGAGUGUUUUCGUGUUUUGAGUGAAACCGGCACACUUUGCGCCGCGCUGAGCUCAGCAUUUACUUUUCCUUGGUACUCUCUAACUCUUAGAGAAAGCAAGAGGAAAGCAAACUCGAAAACUUUGAAUCUCGCACAGAUAUGCAUGCCCUUGAAGCGUGCUGCCCACGUUUCAAGCGUUGGGCUGCGUUGUUCGAGCUCAACUUCUUACCUUACGUCCGCGCGAAACAAGCCCCGUUGGUUAAUCAGUGGCAGUGCGUUUCUCUGUCCUGUAUCUGUCUCUAAAAAGUCGUGUAUCCCGUCACUAACAAUCAAUUACAGAGAUUUUUCCACAGAGAUAUAGGAUUCCUUUCUCUGGAUAUCCCCGCCAGGCUGCAGUUUCUUUUUUUUCGAAGAAACCGACAAGAUUUGCUUUUUUCGGUGCAUGCGCGAGCCUCUUUUCCGGAAGUAUCUGGAGGGGCGAUGGAUGGCCUCCCGACACAACAGGAGAUAAUAAGGAAAUGUCAGAAGCACUUCAACGAAAAAUUCCUCGGUUGCUUCUCCCCCUUCGCCUCGUUUGCACUCCCUUCCUUAAAGUGUUUGCCAGGCCUAUGUCGAAAUUCCCCUCUUGUCACGGGUAUUCCGCGCCGCCCUCCCCUUGUCUUUUUUAUCUCUUCGCUUUUUCCGGCGGUUUCUGUUGCUUGUGAAGAGAGCCAGCACCGCCGGGGAACAAAACGUCUUGGUUGUUCGAAUUCCUCCUCUCUCUUCAUCGAGAAUUGAGAUGCGGUGGUGGCGCAGCUUCUCCGGUCGGGCGCAGCGGGAGGUCUUUCUUCGAGGCUCGCCGGCGUACAAGUGGGGGGUAUGGAUUGUCGGUCUAGGGGGAGGCCUGCUGUGGAUUUGGGAGUCCGAGAAAAACGCCCCCAUUUCGGAGCGGCGGGUGUUUCUGCCUGCGCGGCGAGAGGUUAAAAUGACGAGCGCAGAAAUCAAAAAGUGGAACGAGAAGUACAGUGGCGGCGCAGCGCUCCUGACGCCUCCUGCGCAGGCAAACAGCUGCGCGAACGGUGAUGUCCUGCCUGCUGGGUCCUGCGGGCGGACAGCCGACAGAACAGGGGAGAGAAGUUGGAGCUUUUCCACACGCAAGAGUAUCCCACCGAGGUCGGUAUGCAGCCGAAACGACCGACUAAACGAGAGCUGGAAGGCGUUCCAGGACCCCGUUCUUUUCUCGUCUCUCCAUGAGGCGCUGAGGCAACGGGAAGUGGAGGUCAGAGAGCGAGAACGGAGGAGAGAGGAGGCGCUUAGAUUGAGAAGAGAGAAAGAGGUAGAAGAGGAGAGGAGAGCGCGGGGCGUGGUGGCGGUCGAUGAGGCUCGGGAGAAGCUGAAAGAUCAACUGAGGAAAGAGACAGGACAAGAGGGGGACGGCAGACGCCCGCGGAGACUGCCGUACUUCAGCAGUCUCGGUUGAAGGCCUUGCACCAGCACAAACGAGAUGCGAGUCAAUCCACGAAGAUUGGACGGUGGAUGUUUUAUCCAUUUGCGAAUCAAAGAGAGUCAGAGAAUCGACUGUUAUGCGGUGCGUCGACGGUGUGCCUGUGGACUGUCAUACCGAGUCCUCGAUGGGGCCUUUGGGGAGCUUCUCUCUGUCCUCGUUUUUCGAACUUCAAAAGAAGGAAGAAUGGCAUGCGGAGUCCGACGCUCAGCGACAGAUCGCAGGUAUAUCACGAGCGGAAAACGAACCGAAAUGAAACGAAGGACACCGCUGUUUAGAGCACAUCGGUAAGGCACAAGGUGUAAAGUGCGAGAUGUGGAUCGAUGGGCCAAGAACUCUGAAUGCCUCUUGCAAUUCCGGUUCGUUUUCAACGAGUGAACAUUAGUGCGGUUUUUUGCGGAAGGACGUACAGUCCACCUCAAAUGGUGGCUCAAUCCGUGGAACGUUCUCUUUCUUCGUGCAGCCUUCUCCCGCCACAGGAGUUUCUUCAGGGAAACGAGGACUGGGACUUGUGCGCCUCUCUGUUUUGUCAGUCGCGUGCUCUCUAGGAAGGUGCCUUUUCCGUCUUGCGAUCUCCGACCGUCAGCUCAGGUCACUCUUUCUGCCUUUUCUGCAAGAAGCGGCGGUCAGCAUCCCUGUGGCCUUGGCUCCUACAAUUCCUCUUUUUCUGGCUCUUUUUGUGUCCCUGGCAGUUCGUCCACUCUGGAAGAGGAUGGAGGCUCUCUAGCCUCUUUUUUGCCAAAGCGAAGGGCACUGUGUGAGUGUCGCAUUCGUCCGGUCAACAGUGGAAAUAAGCAUUUUCGUUGUUUGUUUAAACAAGUGACGAACCGACCCUUAAAUGGACCGAACUUCGGGAACUCAGCAUGACGAGUUGGCACGCAUCCAGCAGCUGG